UUUGGGCUUGCUAGCAUUCACAUUGAAAUGCCUAUCGUGUUACAUUGACUACCAGAGAUAUGCCAACUACACCAACAUAUCAGUUAAGGCUAAUUAUUACAUGCUGCUAUCUAAUCCCGAACAUGAUUUACUGCUCCCGCGGAGGCUUUAAAUAGUUCAGCUGGAAUUCGAUGGUCACAUUUAGUUUAUACUAGUCGUUAGUUUCAACAUGAACUCCGUAGUGGUUUUAAUUUGCAUGGUAGCCAUCGUAUCGGCUUCCGUUCUACCAGAACAACGAGUGGUCGGUGGGUCACCCGCAGAACUUGGCCAGUUUCCGUAUGCCGUUGGGUUGCUAACCCGGAUCAACAUUCUCCUCUCAAGUCAGUGUGCCGGAUCUCUGCUAUCAACACGUUAUAUUCUCACUUCAGCCAGCUGUGUUAAUGGAAUCCAGAGUGCAGUUGCCGUAUUUGGAAAUCUUGAGCUGAACAACCCUGUCACUCCGGGACAAGUAAGGAUGACCGUAACAGAAUUCAUUGUUCACAACGGUUAUGUCGAGAAUACAGAAAACUUCGACGUCGCAUUGGCUGUUCUCCCAAUACCAAUCAGUUUCACAGACAAUAUCCGUCCGGUACGUCUGCCGAAUCGUCGCCAGGUGGAUGCUCCCUUCAACGGUCAGCAGGGAACUUUCAUGGGCUGGGGACGGUUUGGAUCUGGAAAUAGCAACUCCGCAGUACUUCGCUUUGGCCGUUCGCAAAUCAUUACAAAUUUGGCUUGUCGAGUGAGCCUUCCGACGAACUCUAUUCUAGAUCAGCACAUCUGUACGGAAGGCUUCAAUGCUGCGGCGGGCCGAGGAUCACCUUGCACUGGAGACACCGGAGCACCAUUGACCAUAGUCGAUGCCGAUGGAAUCACUACUCAAGUUGGGGUAUUCUCAUUCAACUCAAUUCUAGGGUGUGAAAGCGGAAGAGCUGCCGUCUUCACUCGUAUGUCAGCUUACCUAAACUGGAUCGCUGAAAACUCGGACGUCGAGAUCAGAGAUGGAUUCGAUAUGAUAGCUUAGACUCAGAAAUACAAUCGUUUCACGGUCAAA